ACAACCGUUCUUCGUGCGCGACACAAGUGUUUUCGUACAGCUCUACGUCCUAGUCCGUCGUUCCUGUUGUGUUGGAAUUUUGCAGCCUUUGCAGGAUGUCUACGCAUAGGAAAAACACACUCGUCGUCGACUUUAGUGUCCUGCCACGACGACCCGUACUGGACCAGAUUGAGGAAUUCCUCAAGGAUGACUUGAAACUCGACCUGACCGACGUCAAGAACAUUCAAAUACACAAUAUCAAAAACUGCGUGUAUAUCGAGAUGAAUGACGCUGGCGUAGCCCCACGCUUACAAAAGCAACAUCAUCUCAAACAUUACUACAUCCACGAAGGAAAAACGUACUACAUCCCAGUCUACGUGGAUGGCCCCACGACCACCGUGAAGAUCCACGACCUUUCACCACAAAUGUCGAACGAUAUCAUCGUGCGCCACAUGCAGCAGUACGGUAAAGUCAUCUCCAUCGAAAAUGAUGUAUGGAAAAAUUUCUUCCCUGGGAUUCCAAACGGCGUCAGAGUUGUUCGAAUGAGACUGGAGAAGACACUACCGUCUCGCAUUGUGAUUAACGGUGAAAGCACAUACGUAACGCACCCGAAACUAAACACACAAUCAUCAAGCAAGCCAACACUACUACCCAACUCUGCUGAAAAGCAAAACCGCAUUGGUGAUAAACAAUGCAAAAUUGUUGAUCACCCAUCGGUUGCGACUCUCACCGACACAAAUGACGAUGACAACGACGACAACGGCGGCGGCGGCGGCGAUGAAGGUGAUGAUAAUAGUAACAACGAUACCGAUGAGCACGACACUGAAACUGUUGAAACUGAAGGGGAGCCUGAGACUGCGAAGAGACGGUUGUCAACUGAAACGGACAAUGGUAGAAUAGAAGAGAACGUAGCAAAACGAUCUUGCAACGAGGAAGAACAAAACGCUGAAUUGGAAUGGAAGGUUUACCAAACUAGAUCGAGGAAGAAACAAGCCAUGUAAAUUGAUUAAUAUUAUAUUGUGUUGAUGUUUUUUUUUUAUCGACACGAAUGCACCAUAACGGUGUAAAGUGUCUUAAAUAAAUAAAUCAAUCAAUCAACCAACGUCUGAAGAUUUGGCUGAUUUGGCUAAAAAGAUCGGCAUGUCGCAGAGCUACGUCCGGAAUGCAAAGAAGAGAGCUGGACUACAUACGUACAGGGUACAGAACUUCCCAAUCCGCGAUGAGCGGCAACAAUCGACGGCUAAAACUCGGGCACUGAAGCUCUACGAGAAGAUGCUGACAAAUACGUGAUGGACGACGACACGUAUAUAAAAGCCGAUUUUAAGCGAAUUCUGGGGUUGGAGUUUUUCACUGGCAAGAGGAAGUUCGAUGUGGAUGACAAAUUAAGGAAGAAGAAAUGCCGAAGUUUGCCUUCAAAUAUUUCAUUUGGCAGGCCAUCUGCUCUUGCGGACUGAGCAGUAAGCCUUUCGUGAUAAAGGGCACAGUAAAUACAAAUCUGAGUGCCUCGAGAAGCGCAUUUUGUCAUUCUUGCAGCAGCACGACGAAGCUUCGCAAUUUUGGCCAGGUUUGGCAUCAUGCCACUAUUCUAAAAGUGUCCUGGAGUGGUAUGAGGCCAAUUAUGUCUAUUUUGUUCCUAAGGACAUGAAUCCGCCAAACUGUCCGGAGCUGCGCCCGGUGGAGCAGUUCUGGGCAAUGAUGAAGCGGGUACUUCGAAAGAGUAAGAAAACAGUCAAAGACGAGAAGGACAUGUUAAGAAAAUGAAAAAAAAAAACGGGAAACUGGUACCGGAUGAUACUGUAAAGACUAUGC